UGUUGAAAUAGUGGGAAAGAAAGAAAUCAAAGUUUUGAAUUUCUUAUCUUUUGAAGCAGUUGUACAGAAUUUGAUGAAUUCCCAGUCUACUUGCCGCAACCAGAGACCCAAAGGGUUGAAGGUAAAGCCAGUCUUUCAGAUUGCAUUGCUUUUGGCUGUUUGCUUCUGGUUGCUAUACCAGAUGAAGUACUCACAUGACAAGGCCUAUAGUGGAAGUGCAGAGAACAAGGUUAGUGAAGAACACGGUUCUGAUAUUUUGGGGCGCAAAGGGAAUGCAGGGUGGUCAAAAGAUGGCGGUAUAUCUGGAUCAGAAGAUGUAAAUCUUGUGGAAGGAAGUACAAAGAAAGAAGAUGGAGGUGUUGGAGAUGAUACGUUAGGUGAAACUGCUGAAGAGAAUAAUGAAGCAGAAUCUAACAAAGUAGAUGAUCAUGCUCAUGGAAAGCUUGGGAGGCAUGAAGGGAAUGAAAUUGAAAGGGAAACAGAAAUGCAGUACAAAGUAUUGAACAUUACAGAUGAUAAUUCUGAUGUUGAAGACAAAGGAAAUGAUGACCCAGUGGGGCUCAACAAGAACUCUUUGCAAGAAGAAAAUUCCCAAGAGAGACAUGGAGAUACACAGGAAAUUAUCUCGGAUCACGACGGUGAGAAAGAUGUGAAGAAUAUUAGUCAUGAUGAAGUUGGAGAGGAAAAGGAGCAAAAUUCACAAGUUAAUCAUGAUAAGCAAGAAAAUGAAAAGGACCGAGAGAAAGAGCCACAGAGAUUGAAGGAGUUUAGUACUAACAAGGACAUUUCAGUACAACAUAGUCAAGGGAAGAGUGACACUCUUCAGGGCCCAGAUUCAGUGGUAGAUGGAGUCCAUGGAUUUAAUGAUGAGAAUGGUGUUCCUGUAGAUGGCAAUGAUCUCAUAGAAUCCGUAGUGACUGGAUCAAGUGAUGAUCAUGCAAUGGUUCUACAUCAGGAAAUGAAUUCAAGUUCAAACAAUCAAAGUGAAACGAAAGAAAACACUGUAAAUGAAGAAGUUGCAGCUAAAGAAGGAGCAAAUGGCUCUGAUUUUGAAGCCAAAAGCAAAAGCUCAGUAGAAGACUCAAAAAUCGACAUUAAACCAAAGGUGGAAACAAGUUCUGGAAUUGGUGUUCAUUCAAACACCUCAAGGAUCGAUAGCGUUUCAGAGACUACACAGGGAAGCAGUUCAGUUUCAGAUUCUUAAUAGUAAAACAAAGGGUCAUUAACAUUACAAGUUUUUUUCCACACGCCGAAGAAGUAAAAAGAAAAAAAAAAAGAAAGUGACUUGAGGCAGUAACAUUCCUUGCUGAAUGACAUUGUACAAUCUAAUUCCGAAUUGUUUUUGCAAGUUGUUGACCUACAAAAUGAGAAUGGGCCGUAGUUUUGUACAAUCUGGUCCCAUGAAUUAUUGAACUUACUUUUGAAAUUGUCCUGUAAGUCUUGGUUUUUUUUUUUGAAAGGUUUCUUACAAGGUCUCAA